GUGGGGGGGGGGGUUUGUCUUUUUGUUUUGUUUUGUUUGCUGGGGGCUGUUGCCGCCCUUGGCAACCUGAGCGCGGCCCGGGCCCCCCCCCCCGGGCAGAGCCGGCCCCCGGGAGGGGCAUGGCGAGCGGCGCCAGCCCGGGGCCCGCCAGCCCGGCACCGCUCUGGUACCACCGGGACCUGAGCCGAGCGGCGGCGGAGGAGCUGCUGGCCAGAGCCGGGCGAGACGGCAGCUUCUUGGUGCGGGACAGCGAGAGCGUCUCGGGCGCCUACGCCCUCUGCGUGCUGUUCCAGAAGCACGUCCACACCUACCGGAUCCUGCCAGAUGAGGAUGACUUCCUAGCGGUGCAGACGUCUCAAGGAGUCCAGGUGAGACGCUUCAAGACCCUGAACGAGCUGAUCGCUCUCUACCUGCAACCCAACCAGGGCCUGGUCUGCACCCUGCUCUUCGCCGUCGAGCGGGAGAAGGAGAAGGAGAAUGCCGAGGACAGGGACUAUUCAGAUGGGGAGGACGAAAAGCCCCCAUUGCCACCGCGCUCCGGCUCCACCAGCUUCUCCCCCGCGAGCUUCGGACCAGCCACGCAGGAUGGGGCCAUCGAGAGUGCCACCAACGGCCUCAGCACGGUCUCCCAUGAGUACCUGAAAGGCAGCUACACCCUGGACCUGGAGGCUGUCAAAGCUGGGGCCAGCAGCCUGCCCCAUCUCAACAAGACCCUGGUCACCUCCUGCAAAAGGCUACACAGCGAGGUGGACAAGGUCCUGUCCGGGCUGGAGAUCCUCUCCAAGGUGUUCGACCAGCAGAGUUCGCCCGUGGUCUCCCGGAUCCUCCAGCAGACCGCCAGCCAGACAGGAGAGCAGGAGCUAGAGAGCUUGGUGCUGAAGUUGUCUGUCCUGAAGGACUUCCUGUCCAGCAUUGAGAAGAAGGCUCUGAAAGCUCUCCAGGACAUGAGCUCCACGGCACUCUGCCCUGCCCUGCCCUCCCGCAAAGCCAAGAGCAUCCCCGUGCAAGCGUUCGAGGUGAAGCUGGACGUCACCUUGGGGGACCUCACCAAGAUCGGGAAGUCGCAGAAGUUCACGCUGAGCGUGGACGUGGAGGGCGGGAAGCUAGUGGUGCUCAAGAAGCAGAAGGACUCCCAGGAGGACUGGAACACGUUCACCCAUGAUAAGAUCCGACAGCUGAUCAAGUCCCAGCGGGUGCAGAAUAAGCUGGGGAUCGUCUUCGAGAAGGAGAAGGAUAAAACUCAACGGAAAGAUUUUGUCUUCGUCAGUGCCAGGAAGCGGGAGGCGUUCUGCCAGCUGCUGCAGCUGAUGAAAAACAAACAUUCCAAGCAGGAUGAGCCUGACAUGAUCUCGUCUUCAUUGGCACAUGGAACAUGGGCAGUGCCACGGGGGCACCUGGGGAGCGCCAAGUGGGUGGAACAGGGCAAGCCCCCACGCCCCGACCCUAUUCCUGGCAGGAGCACCAGGCGGGUGGAAUGGAGCAAGCCCCCAUGCCCCAACCCCACUCCCCGGCAGGAGCGCCAGGUGGGUGGAAUGGAGCAGGCCCCCAAACCCCGACCCAACUCCCUGGCAGGAGCCCCGGGCGGGCGGGUGGAGCGGGGCGAGCCAAACAACCCUAUAACAGAACAUUGCGCAACUUUAGGAAGCGUGCCUCCCCCCAAGAGCAUCAUGUCCUGGUUUACGUCGAAAGGCCUGGGGAAGACCCUGGAUGAGAUGACGGUCACCAUCCCCCAUGACAUCUACGUCUUUGGUACCCAGGAGAACUCGAUGGGGGACAAGGAGUGGGUCGAUUUCCUCCGGGGCAUGCUGAAGGAGUUCACGGAGAUAGAGUACCGCCCGAUCGCAAUGCAGGCCUUGUGGAACAUUAAGAUUGCCGUCCUGGUAAGACCGGAGCACGAGAACCGGAUCAGCCACGUCAGCACCUCAAGUGUGAAGACCGGGAUCGCCAACACGCUGGGCAAUAAAGGGGCCGUGGGAGUUUCCUUCAUGUUCAAUGGCACCUCUUUCGGCUUUGUGAAUUGCCACCUGACCUCAGGCAAUGAGAAGACGGCCAGGCGGAACCAGAACUACCUGGACAUCCUGCGUUUGCUGUCCCUGGGCGACAAGCAGCUCAGCUCCUUCGACAUCUCGCUCCGCUUCACCCAUCUCUUCUGGUUCGGGGACCUCAACUACCGCCUGGACAUGGACAUCCAGGAGAUCCUCAACUACAUCAACCGCAAGGAGUUCGAGCCGCUGCUCAAGGUGGAUCAGCUCAACCUGGAGAAGGAGAAGCACAAGGUCUUCCUGCGAUUCGGCGAGGAGGAGAUCACCUUCCCCCCGACCUAUCGCUACGAGCGGGGCUCCCGCGACACCUACGUGUGGCACAAGCAGAAGCCCACUGGGGUCCGCACCAACGUCCCCUCCUGGUGUGACCGCAUCCUGUGGAAGUCGUACCCCGAGACCCACAUCAACUGCAACUCCUACGGAUGCACCGACGACAUCACGACCAGUGACCACUCCCCUGUCUUCGGAGCCUUCGAAGUCGGAGUGACAUCCCAGUUUGUCUCCAAGAAAGGGCUCUCCAAGGCCUCAGACCAGGCCUACAUUGAGUUUGAGAACAUCGAAGCUAUCGUGAAGACGGCCAGCAGGACCAAGUUCUUUAUUGAGUUCUACUCCACCUGCCUGGAAGAGUUCAAGAAGAGCUUCGAGAACGACAUGCAGAGCAGUGACAACAUCAACUUCCUGAAGGUUCAGUGGUCCUCGAGGCAGCUGCCCACGCUGAAACCGAUUCUGUCCGAGAUCGAGUAUCUCCAGGACCAGCACCUGCUGCUCACGGUCAAGUCCGUCGAUGGCUACGAAUCCUACGGCGAGUGCGUGAUCGCCCUGAAGUCCAUGAUCGGCAGCACCGCCCAGCAGUUCCUCACCUACCUGUCCCACCGCGGGGAGGAGACGGGCAACAUCCGGGGCUCCAUGAAGGUCCGGGUCCCGGCCGAGCGGAUGGGCACCCGGGAGAGGCUCUACGAGUGGAUCAGCAUCGACAAGGACGAAACAGGAGCUGCCAAGGGGAAGCUGCUGUCGGUCUCCCGGGCCAGCCAGGAGCACGCCAAAUCCGCCGGACGGAAGCCCCUGCCGGGGGAGACGGCAGCCUGCCCCCUCGGGAAGCUGUUUGACGAGCCGGAGAAACCCAGCACCCUGACUGCUGGCCGCCUGCCAGCCCCACUUCGCGGUACCUCCAGGGAGGAGACCUCUCAGGCCAGGUCCAAGCAGGACUUGGCCUCAGAGCCCGACAGCGGCCCCAUGAAGAACAGCUUCAAUAACCCGGCCUACUACGUGCUGGAGGGGGUCCCGCACCAGCUGCUGGCCGCGGACCCCCCCACUCCCUCCAAGGGGCCGGCCCCCAAGAACAAAGUGCAGAUUACGGUGCCCGUGCAGCCGGAGUGGCACCGACAGCCGCUCCCGGGCCGGGGCGAGGAGAGCUCCUCAGACGAGGACACGGGCACCCUCAACCUGCCACCCCCUGACUUCCCACCUCCGCCGCUGCCCAAGGCCGUGGAGUUCGAGGUGGCCGAAAACCCUCUCUACGCCAGCACCAAGGACCUGGGUGGGGCAGCUGGCCGGGAGGAGCCCAGCACUGCCAAGCCAUGGGCUGCUGUGGCCUUCAGCGAUCCCUUGGAGUCCAAGCUGGCCCCGCCCAAACUACACCCCAGGCCUCCCCCCUCCCCUGGACCUGGCUUCCUGAUGGAGCCCCCCAAUACCCCCCAGGCCCAGGGAGGCCUCCUGGACGAUCGCUCCUGCUCGGUGCUGCAGAUGGCCAAGACCCUGAGCGAGGUGGAUUAUCCGGGCAGCAAGGGGGGCAGUGGCCUGGGGCGGGAGCAGCAGGGCCGGCCAGCCCCACAUCUGCUCAGCAAAGGGCGGCUGGACCUGCCCCCCAGGUGCAUGCACCCCGACUACAGCCGGCCUAUCACCUUCCCACCCCGUUCCAUCAGGGAGAGCAUCGAGGAGGACCUGGCUGAAGAGGCGCUGGGCCAGGGAGGGAGGAGCAGCUCCAGCCUGAGCGAGUGCAGCGUGGGCGAAUGGCUCCUGGCCCUCGGGCUGGAGAGGUACGAGGAGGGGCUGAUCCACAAUGGCUGGGACGACCUGGAGUUCCUCAGUGACAUCACGGAGGAGGACCUGGAGGAGGCCGGGGUGCUGGAUCCCAACCACAAGCGCCUCCUGCUGGAGAACCUGCUGAAGCUCAGGAAGUAGCAGGAAUCUGUGCCUCCCACACCGCCGUGCCCUGGGCGUGCCGCUCUGCGCUUGCUCCUGUUCACGUCCCCAGCCCACUCCUGCCUCCUCCCACGUAGGGAUCUCGGGGGCUUUCCCUAUGCCUGCGCCCCUCUUCCCCCUGGCGGGGAGGGAGGGGACUCGAGGCAGCCACGGGCUGCAUCCCCAUGGGGGGCAGGGGCAGCGCUCCAGUCUCCCACCCGCAGCAGCUCUGGGGGACACUGGCUUGAUGCUGUGUCUGCGGGGGGGCACCCCAGAGAUGGGGCUGUGGGUGUGGAGUGGGGAGGAGCCACCUCAUGGCAACCCAGAUCCUACCUGUCCUCGCCUCCCACGGUUUCCUGGAGGAAGCGGGGCUGAGCCAACCCAGAACAAGGGGGCGAUGGGUGGGAGGGAGGCAGAGAGCUGCACAUGGGCUGAGCGGGGGCUAUCCCAUAGCCGGGGAUGGAAGUGGGGUAGGCCUCACGGCAGAAGCCCUGGGAGCAGGGCGCUCUGCUGUCUAAGUUAUUGCGUAUUUAUUGAACUAAGGGAAGAAGGUUUGUCUUGUUUCAUUGCCAGGCAGCCUGGGCUUGCUCUGGUUUAUGCCUCUCCUCCUCCUUUGCAUGUCCGUUCCCCUUCAGCCGACCCAGGCCCUUUCCUGCACCCCUGCAUCCCGCGGUGGGGGCAAUGCUGUGGGCAGCGCCAGGCAGGGCUUCUCCCCUUUCCCUGGGCACAGACGCCGCUGGGUUACAGCGCUCAGGUCACCAGGGAGUGGAGACGAGCAACCAGGCUGAGCAAGGGGUGGAGCAAUCUACUGAGGGGGGUGGGGGGCGCGAGCCUGCAAUCGCCCGGAGGGUGGGGAAUUGGUGAUGGGCGCUGACUAGGGUCAGAGGCUGAAUUAACCUGGGAAGCUUGGCCCAGAGCCGAGGAGGAAUUCCCUGCCAGUGCGCUGGAUCUAGAUGUUGCUUCUUUCCCCAUUGGGCUCCUGAUAAAACAGCCCCCUCACCCCCAACCCCCCCGGUCUCCCACUGGGCGACUCGGCACAUCCUAGCC